GCAGGAGUGCGACGUUGUCAUGAUGUUUCCAAGCGGAAGCAACGACAAGACAUUAAUGUGGCUUCUGGGACGCCUUCGCGCCGGGACGCCAGGACUCGUGGUUCACGUGCGGCAUCACGCCUCGUCGGAUAGUUACGGUUUCUAUCUGACCGCACCGUUCGCCGUGCUCCUCAAAGCCGCCGAAGAGGUGCACCUGCCGAAACGCCUGCGCCAGGAGUACGGGGGUGGUCUCAAGGAGUUCGUCGGCUCGGAGGCUACUUGCUUCGAGGGCAGCGACGACGAGAGCCGCUUCUUCACGACCCAGGAGCGCCAGUCCCUGGUGCUCCACCUGCUGCACACGCUGAGAGCCGGCCCGCACGACCUGCACAGUCUGGCCGGACGACUCAAACUCGUCGAUGGCCAAGCGAUCGUUCCCAAAUGCCUGUCCGCGGGUGUUAUUUCACAGGUAACUGCCGCCGAUGUGGAUUCAUUUCAUAAUCCAUGGGUUGGGCUUGUGUUGGUUUUUAUUGGAUUUUUGGCAUUUCGUGUUUUUAAUUAAUUAUCGGACUAUAGGGAUAACAAUGGCCACAUAAUUCAGAAGUAAAUGAGAGUUGAGAAAUAUGUUAUUGAUGCGGGUGCGUUUGUUCCUCAAAAUGAAAAAAAGUAUAAAUUACGCGCGAAACAUUUCAGUGUGUCAAGAAAAAG